AUGGUAUACCUUUGCAAGCACUACCUUGUCAACAGAACUUAAUUAUGUGCGACUGAAACACAUCGGAGAGUACCUCGCCUGACCACGACUCAGGAGAGCUGCAUUGGACUAUACAACAGAGACACAGCAAAAGGGACAAUUUAGCGCUCAAGGAGAUUUGAAACCGGGCAGUUUUUGGGGCUAUUAUGUCCCCUUAAAAAGAUUUUGCAUUGCAUUUGUGAAUCAUGUAUGUGGGAUACCUGUUGGAUAAAGAAGGAAGCAUGUACCACCAAGGGCCCGUAAGACGAUCCAGCAUCAACCUCCCUCCACAGAACUUUGUUUCCACGCCACAGUACUCCGACUUUACCGGAUACCAUCAUGUGCCCAACAUGGACACUCACGCGCAGUCCUCGGGGGCCUGGGGCUCUCCUUAUGGCGCACCGAGGGAAGACUGGGGCGCGUAUGGACUCGGACCUCCGAACAGUAUUGCUACGCCUAUGAGCAACUCGUCGCCCGGACAGGUUUCUUACUGCUCUCCUGAUUACAAUCCCAUGCAUCCUCCAGGAUCUGCAGUAUUGCAACCGCCUCCAGAGAAUAUUAACGUUGCUCAGCUAUCCCCUGACAGAGAAAGACGUAACUCCUACCAGUGGAUGAAUAAAACGGUUCAGUCAUCUUCCACCGGAAAAACGAGGACGAAGGAGAAAUACAGGGUCGUUUACACCGACCACCAAAGGCUGGAACUGGAAAAAGAGUUUCAUUACAAUCGAUAUAUCACAAUAAGAAGAAAGUCUGAACUGGCGGUGAACCUUGGCCUUUCGGAGCGACAGGUGAAGAUCUGGUUUCAAAACCGCAGAGCCAAAGAGAGAAAAUUAAUCAAAAAGAAGAUGGGCCAAUCUGAUGGAAGCGGGGGAUCAGUGCACAGUGACCCAGGUUCCGUCAGUCCGCUGCCAGUACCCGGGUCAUUGAGUCCAUCGGAUAUUCACAGCUCUCUUUACCCACCCACAGGAAUGAACACCUUGCCACCACUUGGGAAUAUACAGCAAGUGACUGUUACUCAGUGAAUCAGAACUUGGAACUUUCAACUAAACUGAGCACUCCGACACGCGUAAUGGACGAUGAGGCAAGACUGAUGCUAUUGGAUUUAUAAAGUAUUCCAAAAGCAGAUUUCCUUUCAGACACGUGUUGUGGAUUACGAUAAACACGAUCUGGGUUUAUUUUAAUAGCUACAAAAUGCUGGAGGCUCUUCAAAUAUUGUUUUUUUAUAGAAUAGUUUUUUAAAAAAUAAAGUAAAAAAAUAAACUGAUGUGUGUCCGGUUCAAAAGCUAAAUAUUAUAAUGGUUUGUGUUCAUGUCUGGUUUUAUGAAGAUAUAAAUAUCAUUCUCUGUAUGUGGCGAGCGUAAAAGUGUUUGUAAAUAAAGAAAUAAAUCCAGAUAGGCUACUUGCAAGGAUAUACAGUCAGACCGGAAGAGGAAUGGCUGGUCUCUGGAAUAGAUUCUGUGACCAUCAAUGUUUUAAAUGUUGGACUUCUAAACCCCUGGUAUUGUCUUUAAUUUUAUAGACUAAGAACGCUUCUUUGCUGUGCACAAAAUAGGUUCAAUUGUUACCUUAAACGUCCAAAUUAUACGGGUAGAACGUUUGAUGAAAACGCACAAAUUGUAAAUAAAAUGUUUUGCAAUUAAAUUA